GCUCAGAGCCAGUGGACGGCCAAGGAUUCGUGGCAGUCCGACAAGUGGAAGGGCCAAUCCUGGAAGCAGGGUGAUUGGCAGCAAAAGAACAGGUGGCCACAGAAGAAAGGGGGCGGAGACAAGGAGAAGUGGCCAAAGGGCUGGAACAAAUGGGAGCGCGAUGAGAAAGCCCCGGGAGAAGGGCAGGCGGCAACGUCUGGGAUUCCCCUGACCUUUGGGCGGUCCUCGACCGACCCAUUGGACCUGCCGGAUGCAGAAGAGGCCACGGAGGAGGACCUGGCCCGUCAGGCCCAGCGGGACGUUGAAAGGGAAGACCAAGCCUACUCGGCAUCAGUUUGGAAGGAUGCCAUCGAGCGGGCGCACCUCUCAGCGGAUCGUCCCCCGAGUGCCAGGGAAUUGGUCCAGAUGGGGCGGAUCAAAGACUCUUGGAGCAUGACCUGGACCCAGGCGCGCGGAGAGGUAUCGGCAGACUCAGUGGAAGCCUGCAAAAAGGCCCUGAACGAGGACGGCAAACUGCGUGCCAUGCGCACCCGCAUGCCGGGAGCAGAAGGGAUCAUCGUGUCGACCAUGAUCACCGGCCCCAGUUAUGCCAAGUGUGAAGAUCAUCGGCAUGACCUGGUCAUGGCCCACGGCACCGGCUUUGUCCACGCGGUGGGCAUCGGGCUUCACGGAGAGGUGUGCCCGAAUGACUCCAAGCCGGACGACUACCCAAGCUUUGGGUUCAGUGGAAGGGGGACGCUGGAGGCGCCGGACCCUUCCACCAUCGAGGCGGCCUUUCAAAAAACGGCCGCCCAUUCCAAAGGCCAACAGGGCGUCAUUUUCGUGUACCAGGGCGAGCUGGAGAAGCCCACCCACACAACCGAAGGUGGGGUGGCGGUCAUGAUGGCGGCCGUCAAAGACGUGGGCUCCGCACGCAGCGGACAACACAUCAUCCUCCACCCCAAGCACGCGAUUUUGCGCGCCAUCGGCUGCACGUGGCCGGCCUAG